AUGUCUACGACAACGGAGACCACUGUCAUCGCCGCCAAGGUAGCACUGCCUUGGGUUUCCCUUGAGGAGUCCGAGAAGUUCUACAACCUUAAUGAGCAAGAGAUUGCGUUCUUCAAGUCUGCGACGGGCAUCCACGAUGAAGCUGCCCUCAAGGAACACAUGAUCGCUAUACAGCGGGAGGCAUACGCUAUUCACGCAUUCCCUUGCAUACGGAUGUUCUCUUUUACUAAACUGAAGCUCGCACGUCUUCCUGGCUAUGAAAAACUACUGGAACUUGGAAAGUCGCGCAAGAAUCCCAUCUUCCUUGACAUCGGUUGCUGCUGUAAGUUGUAUGCCUUUCUGUUUGGGAAUGACGUGAGGAAGCUGGUCGCUGACGGCUACCCCAUGGAGAGCUGUAUGGCUACCGACCUCCACCCCGAGUUUCUCAAACUCGGCCACAAGCUUUUCAACACUACCCCAGAGACAUACCGUGUACCCUUCCUCGCAGGCGACUCCCUCAACCCGGAGUUCCUGGCCGUCACACACCCCUUCUACACGAAACCCUACACUACCGUCCCCAAGCUCUCGUCGCUCACGUCGCUAAACCCCCUCCAUGGCCACGUCUCCGCCAUCUCGGUCUGUUCGGUCUUCCACGUCUUCGACGAGGCUGGUCAGCUACAGCUCGCUCGGGCGAUCGCUGGCCUACUCUCCCCCGAAACAGGCUCGAUGCUCAUCGGUGUCCACUCCGGCCGGCCCGAGAAGGGUACAUUCAUUACUCGCGCGGGAGGCAAGGAUGUCUCGACCUUCUAUCACUCUCCUGAAAGCUGGACGGCCCUGUGGGAUGGAGAACUCUUCGUCAAGGGCACCGUGAAGGUUGAGACCAAGUUGAUUGAAACGGGGGGUUGGGACUUCCAAGAGAACACCGAUCGGUAUUGGUUCCUGUACUGGUGUGUGACGAGGGUGUAG